AUGAUCACCAACGAUCACGACCGUCGUAAGCAGAUUUCCGUUCGCGGUAUCGCUCAAGUGGAGAAUGUGACGAACAUCAAGAAGGCGUUCAACCGACAUCUUCACUUCUCGAUCAUCAAGGAUCGUAACGUCGCCACCGAUCGUGACUACUACUUUGCUCUUGCCAACACUGUUCGUGAUCACUUGGUAUCCCGUUGGAUUCGUACCCAACAGCACUAUUAUGACAAGGAUCCAAAGAGAGUUUACUACCUCUCGUUGGAGUUCUACAUGGGACGUACCCUCUCCAACACUAUGAUGAACCUCGGUAUCCAGGCUACUGUCGAUGAGGCUCUCUACCAACUCGGACUCGAUAUCGAGGAGCUUCAGGAGAUCGAAGAGGACGCUGGACUCGGAAACGGAGGACUCGGACGUCUUGCCGCUUGUUUCCUCGACUCGAUGGCCACUCUUGGUAUUCCAGCUUACGGAUACGGACUCCGUUACGAAUACGGAAUCUUCAAGCAGCUCAUUCGUGACGGAUGGCAAAUUGAGGAGCCAGAUGACUGGCUUCGUUUCGGAAAUCCAUGGGAGAAGGCUCGUCCAGAGUACAUGCUUCCAGUCAACUUCUACGGAAAAGUUGUAAAGGAGGAGGGAAAAUCCAAAUGGAUCGACACUCAAGUUGUUUUCGCCAUGCCAUACGACACCCCAGUCCCAGGAUACAAGAACAAUAUCGUGAACACCCUCCGUCUCUGGUCUGCCAAGGCUGAGAAUCACUUCCAUCUCAAGUUCUUCAACGACGGAGACUACGUUCAAGCCGUCAUGGAUCGUAACUUGUCGGAGAACAUCACUCGUGUCUUGUAUCCGAAUGAUAACAUGUUCCUCGGAAAGGAGCUCCGUUUGAAGCAGCAAUACUUCUUGGUCGCCGCCACUCUUCAGGAUAUCAUCCGUCGUUUCAAGUCUUCCAUCUACGGAAACCGCGAGGCCGUUCGUGUCAACUUCGACACCUUCCCAGACAAGGUCGCCAUUCAACUCAACGACACUCAUCCAUCCAUCGGAAUUCCUGAAUUGAUCCGUCUCUUCGUUGAUGUCGAGGGACUCACCUGGGAUCAAGCCUGGGAUAUCUGCAUCAAGACCUACGCCUACACCAACCAUACACUCCUUCCAGAGGCUCUCGAGCGUUGGCCAGUCUCGUUGAUGCAAAACUUGUUGCCACGUCAUCUUGAGAUCAUUUAUGAGAUCAAUCAGAAGUUCAUGAAUACUAUCUCUGAUAGAUUCCCAGGAGACUUCGAGCGUAUGCGUCGUAUGUCGAUUGUUGAGGAGGCUGAUCAAUUCGGAGAGAAGAGAAUCAACAUGGCUCAUUUGUGCAUUGUCGCCUCUCAUGCCAUCAAUGGAGUCGCCGCUCUUCACUCUGAUCUUCUCAAGAGCUCUACAUUCCGUGACUUCUACGAGUUCUACCCAGACCGUUUCCAAAACAAGACCAACGGAAUCACCCCAAGACGUUGGCUUCUUCUCUCCAACCCAUCUCUCGCCGACCUUAUCGUCGAGAAGAUCGGAGAGUCAUGGAUCACCAACCUUGAUGAGCUCCAGAAGCUCAAGGAGUACGCCAACGACGCUGGAUUCCUCGAUUCCAUUCGUCGUGUGAAGCUUGAGAACAAGCAACAAGUCGCUCAAUACUUGAGUGACGAGUACAAUGUCCAAAUCAACGCCGCCUCGUUGUUCGAUGUUCAUGUCAAGAGAAUCCACGAGUACAAGAGACAACUUCUCAACAUUCUCCACGUCAUUGCUCUCUACAACCGUAUCAAGGAGAAUCCGAAUAUCGAUAUGGUCAAGAGAACUGUGUUGUACGGAGGAAAGGCUGCUCCAGGGUACCAUAUGGCUAAGCAAAUCAUUCGUUUGAUUACUGCCGUCGCUGAGCAAGUCAACAACGACUCCAUUGUCGGAGAUCGUUUGAAGAUCAUCUUCCUCGAGAAUUACCGUGUUUCGAUGGCCGAGAAAAUCAUUCCAGCCGCCGAUCUCUCCGAACAGAUCUCUACCGCCGGAACUGAGGCUUCUGGUACUGGAAACAUGAAGUUCAUGUUGAACGGAGCACUUACUAUCGGAACUCUUGAUGGAGCCAAUGUUGAGAUGGCUGAGGAAAUGGGAGAUGACAAUAUCUUCAUCUUCGGAAUGAACGUUGAUGAGGUUGAAGCUCUCCAGAAGAGAGGAUACUCUUCUCAGGAAUUCAUCAACAAGAGUCCAAUGUUGAAGCAGAUUGUCGAUCAAAUUGAGAAUGGAAUGUUCACUCCAGAGGAUCCAACUCAACUCCGUGAUCUCUCCAACAUGCUCCGUCAUCAUGAUCGCUUCAUGGUGUGCGCCGACUUUGAAGCAUUCAUUGAAUCUCAAGAUAAAGUUGCCGAUACAUUCCGUGAUCAAGAGAAAUGGUCUCGCAUGGCUCUCUACAACAUCGCCUCCACUGGAAAGUUCUCAACAGAUCGUACGAUUACCGAGUACGCCCGUGAAAUCUGGGGAAUCGAUCAGUUCGAGAGCUCGCUUCCAGCUCCAUAUGAGAAUGAGAAGACCGAAUAA